AUGGCUCAUUCUAGGAGUGGCCGCAAUGUUAUCAGCUCUGGUGGAAACGAUAAAGACUGUGCUCAUUCGACCAUUUCAGCCGUGCGUAAAGAAGUCGGCAUGUUGAUAUUCGAUUUUUUCAGGCAUUGCGAAAGCUCUCUCUCUCUCUCUCUCUCUAUAUAUAUAUAUGCAGUUCACAAUGUCUCCACUCUUCACGCCAGACCAAAUAACCCAGCCAGCCCAUCUCCACAUCACACAACCCUCAUCAAGACCACUAUCAUGGUUCUCUCCUCGUUCUUCUACCUGCCCCUCUUCGCGCUGAAUACAGCCGCGCAAUCAACAAACACGACAAUCCGGUAUAUGCCCUUUGGCGACUCCAUCACCGAGAUCAUCUGCUGGCGUGCCAAAUUGUGGCAGAAACUGCAGUCUACGCCCUAUGCCAACGUGGACUUCGUCGGCAGUGGAAAGACAGAGAAUAACUGCAAAGACAGCGUGUACGACCGUGAUAAUGAGGGACAUUCGGGCUUCUUGGCCAUUGAUAUCGCGAAUAAAGGACAGUUGGAUGGCUGGCUGAAGACGAACCCGGCAGAUGUGGUGACGAUGCACUUGGGUACCAAUGAUAUCGUGCAACAGAAUAAAGCGACUGCGGAUAUCAUCGCUGCCUUUGGCAAGUUGGUGGCGAGUAUGAGAAGUAGUAACCCGAGGAUGAAGAUUGUCGUAAGUGUCUCUCUUUUCAAGUACAUCAAAUUUACGCCGUUUUCCCUCUUCUGUUUGCAGUACUGUGUACAAAUGGUCUCUGGCUGUGUCUGA